UUAUUGAUUUAGAUUAACUAAUCAUAACUGUGAAACGAUGGAGUGCCAUUGAAUUAACGAAACUUUUGUUUAAAUCAGAAAUUUUCCAUUUCCUAAUUAUUAUUAUCUUUUUUUUCUCCACACCACCACCCUAAUCACACCUUUGUCAAAAACAGUCAGAUGUUUUUGAUCAAAUAUUAACUUUUUUCUUUUUUUAUUUUGACUUUAAAAUUGAUUCCUGUUUCUUGAAAGAAAGAAAAAAAAGGAUUUGAUCUCCUUUUCAUAUGUUGCAGGCAUGAGGUGAUGCAAAUUUCUUUCUCUUUGCAUCACACACCAAGUUUUGUUCUUCUUUCAUCUUUGAAGCUUAAGAGGUUUGUUUAAGUUUUUAGCAUCAAAGCCUCAAGAGUGAGACUUGAAGAUGUCAUCUUCAAACAAUAAGAUGAAGGGCCUUUUAAAAGGCCUUAGAUAUAUUUCUGAAAUUUUUGAAAAUGAGAAAGAGCCUGAAAUGCAGAUUGGUUUGCCAACAGAUGUAAAGCAUGUGGCUCAUAUAGGAUGGGAUGGGCCAUCAUCAGUAAACUCUGCACCCAGCUGGAUGAAUGAGUUUAAAUCAGACGGUCGGGAUGAUGAUCCUGCCAAAUGUGUCUCUCAAGAUGGGAUCAACCGAGAAGGUUCCAAGGGUCAAAGUUCAUCAUCAGUAACAGACAUGGCAGAAGUUCCUAAAUCAUCAAAGCGCAGUUCAACUUCAACCAAGACUAGUAAAGAAGAGUCUACAGUGAAGGAAAAAGGAGAUAAACCUUCCAAGGAAAAGCCAGAUAAACCAGAUAAACCUAAGCACUCAAAGAAGAGUUCCAAGAGCUCUUCUUCCAAGGAAGCUUCAGAUGGCACCACCAAGCAUAAGAAAAAAUCAAAGGAUCCAAACCCAGCUACUGACUCAAACUCCCAAGACCCCUCUGGCGUCCCUAAGAAAAGUAGUCGACGAAAUAAGUCCAAAGAGUCUGUUGAUGGAUCCUCCAGGCGAUCCAAGACCCGAGACUCCGAUAUCGGAUCCGAUGCUGGCUCUAUUGCUGGUGGAUUAGACCGAGAUGAACGACUAAGUAAUGCUUCAGCUUUUGAAGGAGGGGAUUCUUGAGGGAAUAUUCUAAUGUUGGUGGUACCAUUGUUUUUUUGUUGUAUACAGUAAACACCUGAUAGCUACUAGCUAGACUCUCUUUUGCUUUAGUAGAAACCAUAUACUUGGUUUUUUUUUCUGGUUUCGUUUCCUUUUUCCCACACCGAGGAAACCUAACCUUGUAUGAGUACAAAGCUCCAUUGGAAUUCAUUGUUGAAACUUGGAACUGAUUCAGUGGUUCAGCUUUCAAUGGAUGAAAACUUUCAAUGCACUCAUACACUCAGCCUUGUCUAAAUCUAACUGUUAUGAUGAGAAGGGAUAGUCAAUCAGAUCAAACUGAUGAUCAUGGCUAUAUUAUGAUUUGAUUGAUUUUUUUAUAGAUAAUAAUGAAUGGCUCAUGUUUA